AUGUCAAUCCCAUUUUCUUGGCUUACGUCAUUUGCUAUAUCAUCACCACAUGUGGCUACUGCACUGAACAGAAUUAGAAUAGAAGAUUGGUCAAAUACAACGAGAACAUAUCCUUAUGAUUAUUUAAAUGAACUACCAGUUUAUUCCAUGAUGUCAUUGCCAACAUUAUCGUCACCGUCUCAAUUACUUGGACAUUCUUUAAAUUGUUCAUCACCCAUUAUUAUCUCACAAGUAUUAACCCCAACUUCAAUUAUUACAGAUUCAUCGGAAGAACCACUUGAUUUAUCAACAAAAUCAACAUCGUUAAAAAAUAAAAUAUUAUUUAACAACUAUAGCAACGAUAUGGAUUAUUAUAAAGAAGAAGAAACAUUCAAAUUAUCACCACAUUCUGGAAUCUUAGACACCGAUUCUUUAACUCAAAAUGGUUCUAAAUUGUCUCCUACACCGACAAAAGUAUCAAAAAUUAAUCAACCAUUUACAAAAGUAAAAUACGAAUUAUUAACUGAUAAUUCAUUGUUAACGUCUUCACCACCAUCAAAAAGUCAAUCAUUCGACAUACAUCAUAUUAUACCAAAAGCAGAUGAUAAUAUACUGCCAAAAUCUCAAGGACUAUUGGCAUUAGAAACGUCGACAUCUUUUUCACUACCUAUAAUCAAAAAUCGUUGUUAUUCACAAAUACAUGAACAAUCGAAACCAUAUAAAAAACGACGCUCGGUAAUCGAAGAUGAAAAAUGCUAUAAUUGUAAUCCUGAAAUUCAGACAAAAAUAAAAUCAGAAUAUACAACAGAUUUUAGUGUAAAACAAAUACUUUCACCGAUAAAACUUCGUGAAUUACCACGAUAUUGUAAAACAGAACCAACUGAACAUUUUAAUCUACUCAUAUCUCCAAUAACUCUGAAAAAACUAGAAGAUAACACAUACAAAUUUGUUAAUGAACCACAUCAACGACGAUCAUUUAGAUCUAAAAUAUUUUCUAAUCGGAAUUUGCACAAAACACUUCGUUAUCCAAAACGAUAUAAACAUUUGAAAAUAACAAAGAAAACCAAUCAAAUAUCUGCUGAUCUAUUAUAUCUUGUAUGCUUUGAAUUAUUUGAAAAAUUUAUUAAAACAAAAUCAAUCAACAAUUUAGAUUUUUCAAUAAAUGAUCAUCAACGAUUUAAUUCAUUACCAGAAGAAGAUGGAUUAUUAAGAUUAGCAGAAAUAGCUUGUCAGUUAGAUGGUCGUCAACAAUUAUUCUCAUCUAUAUCUAGUAAAAUUACGGAUGAAUUGAAUAAUACUGAACUAAUAAAAAAUGUUAUUAACAAUGAAAAACAAUUUCAAAAGGUCUUUGAUCAAUAUUGUUCAUGCAUACAAUAUUUAAGAAGACAACGAUAUACUAGAAUUUGUCGAAAACGAAUUUCAUCAAUACGAUGUGGAUCAUAUAAAUCAAUUAAUGUAUUGCCUCGACAAAAGCGUCAUGGUUUAAUACAAUUGUAUUAUUCGCCACAUUCAUUACUUCAGUCAGAUGAAAAAUCAAUUCCAAUGGGUUAUCCUCUUCUAUCAGCAACAAUGAAUUUUGUUUUAUUGAAUAAAAGAAGAAAUUCUAUUCAUAAUAAUUGUUUAUUAGAAAAAUUUGAAAUUGAACCAACUGUGUCAGAUAUUAAAAAAAAUACAAGUAUUCAGUUGUUGGAUAACAUUGAAAAUAUUUUUAAUCUUCAGACAUCGUGCAGUGAUGUAGAAACACAUCAGUCAGAACAAUUAAUUGAAUCUGAUAAAUGUUUACCUGAUGUUAUCGUAGACAAAGACGAGACAAUUAAUAAUGAAGAAAUUAAUAGUAUAGAACGACUUGUUCCAACAGAUCCCAUUGAAGAUGGUCUAAAAGUAUUAAUAGCUAAUAAUGGUCUUAUGUAUGAGGCAGUUGUUAAUCGAAUGAGUAACGUUGAAGAUAUGUUUUUAUUACGAGUAUUACACGAAAGAACGAGUAUUGCUUAUGUAUUAUCAUUAGUCGAAUUGUGUCAAAUAGCGUGUAAAAAUUCAUUACCAACAAAAGACGAUAUUAAAAUUGGACGACGUGUAUGUUGUUAUUGGUCUUCAUGUUUAAAAGGACUUCAUCCGGGAAUUAUUAAUCGUUUACCGAGCGAACCGAAUGGUAUGAUUGCAGUUUUGUUUGAUGAUAAUGAUUUCGGUUUAUUGAAGUUAGAAGAAAUACGAUUAUUACCAAAUAAUUUUCAAAUUAAAGGUAAUGAUCUUAGUAUCUAUUCGAUAUCAUCAUCUCAAAUUUCGUCAUUAUACACAGUAAAACGUUCAAUUAAAAAACCAUCAUCGUGUUCGCAUCAUAGUGAUAAAUCUAUUGAGACGGACUUCUUACCAUCUUCACAAUCGUUAUGUCGUCAACGUUCAACAAAAUCUCAUUCCUCAGGUACGUCGAAUCAAAAAUCGGUUCUUAAUAAUAUAUCCGUUCCACCGUCUACUACCAAUGACAACAAUACUGAUUUAAUAUCAACAUCAUCGACAUCAAUGGAAAUACCGUUAAAAAUAACAACAACAAAUCCUGGUAGUUGGUCUUUUGUGGAAGAAACGCGAUGUCGUACAAUUACCGUUCGACGUGUAAAACAAACGUUGUAUAGAUCGAUUAGUCGUGGUGAUGAAUUAGUGACAAUUGGUGAUUGUGUGAUAUUUAAUGGACGAAAAAAGAAUUUAUCCUAUAUCGGAAAAGUAUUGAAAUUUUAUCAAACACGUAACGAAGAUAUUGUCAAAGUUUCAUGGUAUUACUCGCCACAAGAAACAUCUAUGGGAUUAAUUGAUCAAGAUUUACCGGGUGCCCUGUACGAAUCGAAUCAUACUGAUGUGAAUUUAAUUCAUACGAUUCAUCGUAGAGCAACGAUUUAUUCCUAUAGCGAUUUUAUAAAACGAACAAGUUUUGGUCGUUUAUGCAAUGAAAAUGAGUUUUAUCUUGUCGGACAUUACGAUCCUAUAACACAGGGACUUGAACGAUACGUAUUGAAUGACAUGACAUUACACAAUGACGAUAUCUAUGAUGAUGGGAUCCUUCCUUCCAAAAAAUGUACUGAAAGUACAGUGCGAAAAUAA